UCUGGGUCGGCUCCGGCUCCGGCUGGAAGGGGGUUCGCAAAGAGGUACGCCCCUGAGGAUUAGGGGCGGGUUGGCCGUUUCUGACCCAGUUCUAGAAAGUUGGUGUCGACAGCAAAAGGUUGCAAUGUCUCACAGCAUCUGGUUUUGGUCCAUUGUGACAAAGCUGAAUUUGAUGGUCUUGCUGCUUUUCAUAACAAGUUUCUCUUCCUGCUUGAAUGACAGAGUUUCAGAAUUUGCUCUGACAAAAAAAGAAGAGAGUGAUUUAAAAGAACAGAACAAGGAAGAAUUGGAGGUGAUCGAAGAGGAGGAGGAGGAUCUUCAUUCUGAAGACUUGGAAGUCUUUUACCCAACAAAUCAGUGGCAGAUUGUCCAGCCAGGUCAAGCUAUUCCUGCAGGAUUACAUGUACAAUUAAAUCUUCACACUGGAGAAAAAUUAGCCAAGCUUCCAGAUGACAACAAAGAAAAAAGUAAUGUGAAAGAGUCUCCAAAAAGUAAAAGGCUUGGCCAGAUAGAUGUUGACCCAAAUUCAUUCACAACGCAAGAACUCAAAAAGGCUUUGGCUAAAAUGAAAGAAACCAUGAAGGGGGAUGAUAUGCCUGCACAGAAGACUCAUCAGGAAGAUGUCCAGCGUAGGUUCCGUUCCAUCGAAAAGCUGAAGGAAGAAUUCAGGGAGCUCAACCUGCAGCUGGAAACCGAUCUUGAAAUUAUGCUUAAACUAAUCAACAAAUUUAACAAUUCAGCUUCAACACUUGAAGAGAAAAUUACAGCACUUUCCGAUCUUGAGUACUACGUCCAUCAGGUGGAUAAUGCAAAAGAUUUGCUUUCCCUUGGUGGUCUACAACUUUUGAUUAAUGGGCUAAACAGCAGUGAACCACUGAUGAAGGAAUAUGCCUCUUUUGUACUGGGAGCUGCACUGUCCAGCAACCCCAGAGUGCAAGUUGCAGCAAUUGAAGGCGGUGCUUUACAAAAAUUGCUGGUUAUUUUGGCUACAGACCAGUCUUUGGCAGUAAAGAAAAAGGCUCUGUUUGCUUUGUCAUCGAUGCUGCGGCACUUUCCUUAUGCCCAGCAACAAUUCCUCAAACUUGGAGGCCUUCAAGUGCUCAGGAAUCUUUGCACGGAGAAAGGAAUGGAGAUGCUGUACAUCCGCACUGUGACACUUCUCUACGACUUAAUUGUAGAAAAGCAAUUGCUCAAGAUCAGUGACAAUGAGGAUCAAGGCCAUGAAAAAACUCAGCAGUACAGUCAAGUGAACCUGGUGCCAGCCAUUGUGGAACAGGGCUGGUGCACAAUCAUUUCGAAUCUUCUGAAGAUGCCGGAGCACGACACCCGGGAGAAGGUUCUCAAGACCGUGUAUGUGCUGCUGACCUUCUGUAGGGAGACUUACAGGGGGGAUCCCGCUUUCAACCACACCCUCGGCCUCCUGCGCCAGGAAUACGAAGAGCUGGCACAAGAAGAGCAAAAGGAAGGGGACGAAGAUGGCUACUUCAAGGAACUCUUGCACUUUAUAAAUAACAUUGCACAACAGCUAAAGUAAAAAGGAUGGUAGCCUAGCACAUAAAAGAACCUUUGUGGGGUCUGGAAAGAGGUAUGGUGAAUAAAUCAAUGUGGAAAGUUAUUACGAAUAAAUCUAUUCUACUAA